CAUAGCUCAGCAAGGCUAUUCACUAAAAUACCAUCUCGAUAUCGAAGCUCACUCAAGUGAGAUAGCUCACUUCGAAAGCAAUCUCACUUCACCUCAGAUUGGUAUUCUGUAAACAUCUGCUACACACAUGCGAAGUGAAGUGAGUUUGGAAUGCGAACUCGAACGACUAGGGAUGUGUUCUCUAUGAUUAGAGAAAUCGGUAAAAUAGUUAAAUCCUUCUGUUUGAAAAAUACGUACACAUUUCUGAUAAAACCUACGAUUUAUUGUUUUGUUACUAAGAAAUGUACACAUAAAAAAAUAAAUUUCAUUUUUUAAUGUAUAAAAUACCGAAAUUACAUAUACGACGAUAGACCUUUGCCGCAAAACGGCUGCGAAUUAAAAAAUUAAAAGUUUGUUUACAAUCCAAGUGACAUUAGUGAUCGAAUUCAAAUUGUGAUUUGUUUACUCUAAGUUUUGAGUGAUUUUUGAGCAAUUUUUUGAGUAUAUAAUUUAUAAAAAAUGAACACCAGUGAAAGAGCAUCACAUCCUUCUCGGGCUCAAAUUGAGUCUCUUUUGGAGUACCUUCAGAGAAACCCAAGCCUUGCAAAGGGUUUCUCUAAAGUGCCUAGUGCAAGGAACGCAACCAGAAGAUCUUGGGAGGCACUGGCACUCCAACUUAACAGCCUGGGAGGAUGUGUGAAAACAUCAAAACAGUGGAUCAAGACAACUGCAAGCACAAGCCAAGCAGUGGAGCAAGCUCCUGGAGAUCAAAGCAUCUCAUUGUUGGGAUCCCAAUUGCUGGAAAUUGAUGCUCUGCCUCAAACAGAAGUAAGACCAUCACAUUUACAGAAGCACUCCGAGCACACUGUCAGAUUCAGUCAUUUCUACUAGGGUAAGGCUAAUUUGCUAUUGAUUUGUGUUAAUAUCUAAUUUUUAACCCCCGACCAAAAAAGAG